AUGCUUUCCAAGACUCUCACCGCUACCCUAAUCGCCAUCACCGGCCUCCUCAUGCCUCUCACGGUAUCUGCGUCUCCGGCUGAGCCCGAGUUACUCGACACACGAGGACGAACGAACGGCCAAUGCCGAUUCGAUGAUGGCGGCAAGUGUGGUGGACGAGGAUUCUGCCACUUAGUCACCGGCGAGGCCGUCUGCUGUGGAAAGAUGAACCACUACCACUGCUCCGGCAACAACAACCACUGCGAGGCCGGCGGUGCCAGAAUUGUCGUCAACUGCGACUAA